ACUGCUAUAAAAUAGCAUCAAGGAACCUGCUAUAGUGUCACUUUAACCUGCAAGUUGAACAGACAGAUACUGAACUAGAUCCAAACAUGGUGAGAUUCCAGUGUGUGGCUGUGGCUCUGCUCUUAUGCUUACAAGGUUCUCUUUCACAGCUGGAUGUAUGUGGUCGUGCCCCUUUUAACACCCGUAUAGUGGGUGGGCAGAGUUCCUCAGAAGGAGGGUGGCCAUGGCAGGUUAGUCUCCAGAGCCCUGAUUAUAAUGGACAUUUCUGUGGAGGAACCCUGAUCAACAAAGACUUUAUUCUGACAGCAGCCCACUGUUUCUCCAGCACCAUCUCUUCUGCUGUGACGGUGUAUUUGGGGAAACAGACUCUAACCGGUUCUAAUCCCAAUCAAAUUACGAGAGGUGUAACUCAGGUGAUCGUUCACCCCAGCUACAACAGCGCCACCCAAAACAAUGACAUUGCCCUUCUACGCCUGAAGUCUUCAGUUAACUUCACGGACUACAUCAGACCAGUGUGUCUGGCAGGGCAAGGCAGCAGUUUUCCAGAUAAAACCAGCUGCUGGAUCACAGGCUGGGGAAGCAUUGCCUCUGGAGUGCAACUACCAGCUCCUGGUGUUCUUCAGGAGGCGAUGGUUCCUACUGUCAAUACACAGAUUUGUGAUUUUCUCCUGGGGUUUGGCUCCAUUACCCCAAACAUGAUGUGUGCUGGUAACUAUCAAGGAGGCAAAGAUACCUGCCAGGGGGAUUCUGGAGGUCCGCUGGUCAUUAAGCAGGGUGCUGUCUGGGUUCAGGCUGGUAUCACUAGCUGGGGUAGAGGUUGUGCUCUGUCCUAUUCACCUGGUGUGUAUACUCAGGUGUCUCAGUACCAGUCCUGGUUAUCGAGUGUCAUCGGCCAAAACCUGCCAGGAUUUAUCUAGUAUUAAAACAGUGGAAGGACUGAUGGACGUACCGAUGGACCAAGUGCAAUGAAACAAUUUUCCUUUAAUAAACUGUGUUUAUUAUUUAAUAUGAAAUGUUAUUUGCUAUGCUUGUCUAUAUUUAUUUUUUACCGCGAUGAAUCUGAUAUACAUAGUAGUUAUAUUUAAAGAUGUUUUAUAUUUUGUAAUUAUAAGGAAGCGUGUGAUAAUGCUCUUGUACAGUACCACGUGUUUACAUCAAGAUUACAUAUUAUUCAUGUAAUCUAUUUAUCUUCUUAAAUUACUCACCUGAUUAAAAGAUAAUUAACUGUAUGAA